CACUUCCUAAUUUGUGCUCUCUCUCUCUUUCUCUCUCUCUGUGUGUGCCUCGACCGCUCCCCAAUAUCGGCGCCGGCGGGCACUGAUCUGUUCAGCACCGCCACUCUACUCCUUCCGCUCCCCUGCUGCCGCCGCGUUAUUGGCCGGUCGAAGUAAGAUAGGGAGGUACGCAGCAUGGAGUUCUGCCCGACCUGCGGGAACCUGUUGCAGUACGAGCUGCCCCACAGGGACCGGCCGUCUCGGUUCUUUUGCCCCACGUGCCCCUACGUCUGCAACAUCGAGAGCAAGGUUAAAAUUAAGAGGAAGCAGCACCUAGUCAGGAAGAAGAUCGAACCGGUCUUUUCCGAGGAGGAUCGCAAGAACGGGCCGCAGAUUGAUGGAGUGACAUGCCCGCACUGUGGCCAUGGGAAAGCCAUCUACCAUCAAGCCCAGAUUCGAUCUGCAGACGAGCCAAUGACAACCUUCUAUUGGUGCCUGAAUGAGAAUUGCGGAAGAAACUGGCGUGAGGAUUGAGGUUGAGCAUCUUCUUUCAUCAAUACCGACUUUGGUCGAUCCCAUGGAAGAUGAGAUGCCGCGCUUUUGAGACAAGAUGCAUUACGUUCACAUCCUGUUGUGGAUUUUUCCGUUCUGCUUCUGGUUUCGAUACAUUCUCUUGUAUCCUGUUCAGGAACUCUUACAAGAAUCCAUCGCAUUAUUCUCUGUUCCUUGUUACGUUAUAAGUUUAGUUUAUUACUCUACUUUCAUGUCA